CAAGAUGGCGGCGGUGGUGCGGCUGCAGAGCGACUGGGACCAGGUGCUGAGGAAGAAUGAAGAGGAGGCAUGGCUGAGCUGCAGAAUCCCAGGAAAGUCCACUCUGUACGGGACCCUGACAUGCCAGGGGGUGAGCUCAGAUGGAAUUCCUGAAAUCAUCGCAUCUGAAGGCUUUGUUGUCAGUGAAAUAACUAAGAAAAGUCUGCUUGUUUCCUGCCCUCGUGAAAAUGCCUCCACAAAAUUUCUGGCUCCCCACACAACAUUCUGUAGAAUCCAUCCAAAAAGUGUCACUUGCCUUGACAUUUCCAGCGGUGGGGGGCUUGGCGUGUCCACCAGCGCCGACGGGACCAUGAAAAUCUGGCAAGCUGCAAAUGGAGAAAUAAGAAGGUUUUUGGCAGGCCACGUGUAUGAUGUGAACUGCUGCAGGUUCUUCCCCUCCGGCAUCGUGGUCCUGAGCGGGGGGAUGGAUGCCCAGCUCAAAGUCUGGUCGGCAGAGGAUGCCCGCUGCGCUGCAACUUUUCAGGGCCACAGAGCAGGGAUCCUGGACACAGCCGUCGUGGAUCGCGGGAGGAACGUGGUCUCCAGCUCUCGGGAUGGCACCGCCCGCCUCUGGGACUGCGGGAAGUCCGCUUGCCUGGGGGUCGUGGCAGACUGCGGCUCCCCCGUCAACGGCAUCGCUGUGGGAGAAGCUGACAACUCCUUGAACCUGGGCUCGCCUGAAAAAACACCCAGUGAGCGUGAAGUUGGAACCGAGGGGAAACUCCUGCUCCUGGCUCGGGAAGACAAAAAAUUGCAAGGCGUAGGGUUACAAAGCAGGCAGCCGGUGUUUCUCUUUGUUGGCUCUGAUGCAUUUAACUGUUGUGCGUUCCUGUCCAGCAUCUACCUCCUGGGAGGGACGCAAGAUGGGAACAUAUACCAGCUGGAUGUGAGAAAUACCAAGACUCCAGUUAGAAUUGUUCAUAGAUCAGGAGCGCCCGUGUUUUCCUUGUUACCGUACAAAGACGGAUUCAUUGCCAGCCAAGGUGAUGGAAGCUGUUUCAUUAUGCAGCAGGAUCUUGACCAUGUUGUUGAACUCACUGGGCCAGACUGUGACCCGGUAUACAAGGUGGCUGUGUGGGAAAAGCAAAUCUACACGUGUUGCAGGGACAGCAUAGUAAGGAAAUACCAGCUUUCAGACCUCUGACUUGAGUGAAGCUUCAAACGCUGGACUACAAAUGCUGGACAGAUUUCAGGGAUUAAUUUAAAAACACCACUUCGACCGACGCCGUACCAGUGCCGUGUUUCCAGGAUUCUGUGCAGGAGCACGAAUGGGUUGUGCGUGUGUGAGCGACGGGGACCAUGUUGUGAUCCAAGCUGAAGUUUCUUGCCGAGGGGCGUAAGCGGAAGAGUUUUAUGGUAGCUUCUUGCACUCAGCCUCACAGGAAGUUUGUGGGAGUUGUUCCCCUUGUCCAUUUUGUGGCUGUUCCUGAGAGGGGCGAGGAGCUGAAUGGUGUGAGGAAGUCCAGGAUGCAGACUUCAAAAAAGGGAACAUGUUUUACUAGCCUGUGCACUGCCGCUGGAGUGGAUCUGGAAGAUGCGGAAGCCCCGUGUUUUCAUCAUGUGCCUUCCUCACAGAAUUACCUGUUCUGUGGAGGUUCGCCCUGCUCCCCUGCUGUAAGUUUCCAUCUAAAAUAAAGCUGCUUUGAUUUCAA